CCACAACCAUAGUCAGUGGUGUUGAUGAAAGCCAGCAGCAGCAUCAACAUGUUCUCCAGCAGUCCGACUACAGCUCGGACCAGACAAGCUUUGGUUCUGAGCCCAAUGCAUUAACUGCAUCACUCCAGCAAAGUGGUGUGGAAUAUGCUGAGGAUGUUGAAGAAGAACAGGAUGAAGAUGGGGACCAGGACAUUGAAGAAAAUUCUAUAGAGUAUUCAGAGUUUUCCUGUCCUGUGUGCAGCGAAGGCUUCCCUGAUCAGGCCACGCUUGAUGACCAUGUCAACAACCAUCCUCCCUUGAAAAAUUUUGUUUGUGAAACCUGCGGGAAAGGCUUUGCGACUAGGCGUUACCUCAAAUAUCAUAGAAAAAACCACUGUAAGAGGGCUGGAUCUUAUGAAGGAAGAAAUGAAAUGGAUGAAAAUGAUCCUAAUGGUGAGGUUAAAAGGUUCGCAUGUAAUGUGUGCAGCAGGCCCUUUCGUGUUUUAAAGUGCAUGAAAGUCCACAAAAAGAAGAAGCAUGGCAUCUUGAAAGAGUACACUUGUCAGAACUGUGCCAUCACCUACAGCACUUCACAGGAGCUUAUUGACCAUGCGUGUGAACCUAAGAGUGCCCCAAGCACACCUCAGAUCAUCCAGUAUACGCCCCCUCCCCUUGCUCUACCUGCUCAAAAGAAGAAGAGGAAGCUGAAGCAAGCCAAGCCUGCUUGUGACAUAUGUGGGAAAACUUUCUCAGAUCGUAUAAGUGUGGACAUUCAUCGUGUGAAGCACAUUGAGGAGGAACUGUACCCAUGUGACAUGUGCGGGGAGGAGGAUGGGGGGGACCCAAAUCAUCUUGCUGUGCAUUUUCGUAUCAGGUUUUUCACAGAUGACAACCAGCAUAUUCUAGAAGAUCAAAAAGCGGCAGUCGCCACCCAAGAUACGACCAGAUCUGACGAUGG